GUUUUCCUCAUACCCAAGUUGCUCAUCUCCCGCUGAACUUCAGAAUUUGGAUUUUACCAGCCUCACAAAAAUUUAUCAACCAGUGUCCAGUAAUCUAGAUUUUUCGUCAGUAUCUUCGUCAAAGGCACAUACUUUUGGCUCUUAGCAGACACUUGCGACCGAAAAGAAAACUAUCGCUGUAUCAUCAGUCGCUUCCAAAUCAUAAACCCCCCCCACAAAACCCCAUCCCCGGAUACGCCCCUGGUCGGAUCAAGAUGGCAUCAAGCACAGAAAGUACGGCAGCGCCCGAAGCGGGCACCAGGCCGGCGUUCAUACCGCUCGAGGCGAACCCGGAACUGAUGACAGAGCUGGUGCGCGGUCUGGGCCUUAGCAGCGCCCUGCAGAUGCACGACGUCUUCUCCAUCGACGACCCGGAAAUGCUGGCCUUCAUCCCGCGGCCCGCACUGGCCUUGCUGCUGGUCUUCCCCGUCUCGGCCAUCUACGAGUCGCACCGCCUGGCCGAGGACUCGCUGCUGACCGACUACGCCGGCAAGGGCCCCGACGAGCCUGUCAUGUGGUUCAAGCAGACCAUCAGGAACGCGUGCGGCAUGAUGGGCAUCUUGCAUGCCACUCUGAACGGCCCUGCCAAGAACUUUAUUGACGCCGAUUCGACACUCGACAAGCUCCGCAAGGAUGCCACACCGCUUGACCCGGCGGCGCGCUCCAAGCUAAUAGAGACCAACGGCGCCCUCGCGCAGCAGAACAAGGCGGUCGCCUCACGGGGUGACACGGCAGCGCCCGAGGCAACCGACGACGUGGACCUGCAUUAUGUCUGCUUCGUCAAGGCGGAGGAUGGCACUCUCUGGGAGCUUGACGGCCGGCGAAAAGGCCCCCUUGCCCGCGGAAAGCUUGAGGAUUCGGAAGACGUGCUUUCUGAGAAGGCUCUCGUUCUGGGACCCCGCAAGUUCCUCGAGCGGGAGGGAGGCGACAUGCGCUUCAGCUGCGUGGCUUUGGCUCAGAGCAUGGAGUAGGGCGAUCCUUCUUACUAGGUAGAUGUUGAAGUGGUUCAGUCGAUGAUCUAAGGGGUCGAUUUUGAGAUGACUGAUUACCACGGUAGCAUGGCUCAUUAGACAAGGUGAAUAUAGCUAUUAGAAUUGCAACGGGUUUUGACGCGA